AUGGCUCCCGCUGCCGCCACCGAGCAUGUCCCCAACGGGGCUCCUGCCCAAGAACCCGUCAAGACCAAGUGUUGUCACUGCAAGUGUACCUCUACCGAGACGAACGGUGUCAACGGCCAUGACGAGACCAAGCCUGAAGUUGGCAAGGCCACGACCACCAAUGGCGAUACCAAGCCCCAAGAUACGCCCGAGGACAAGAAAGACGAACCUACACAGACAGACAAAAAGACAGACACAGACACCAGAGAUUCGGCCACAAAAGACGGGGAUGCCGACACCGCGGCCACAGACGACAAAGACAAGGCCCCAGAGGAUCAGACCAUGAAGUGCGAGUUUAAGCACCUUGAUAGGAGAUAUGACGAAAAGGACGAGCAUUACUUCACCGAGCGCAAGACCGAAAUAGACAAACCAGCACAGAAGGACUGGUGGCGCCUUUAUGCCUAUUGCCUUGUCAAGCACUACAACCACCACGGCGAACACGACAGCACCCGUCUCUACGUCAACCCCCAGCCUCUGCGUCAGCUUCUCAGGGACGUCAUUGGCGACUAUCCCUCGGACCCCAUCGAUGUCGACGAUGUCCAGAUCGAAGCUCCCUUCCAUUCCCUUUUCCACUACCGCAAGCAACUCGAGACCGAGGGCUCGCGCCGCUUUGCUGACGAAGCCGAGGCUUUUGAACAGUUCAACCUCCUCAUGGACUGGAUCAAGAACCACUUUGAGCCCGAGAUCGCUGCCUACGAAAGGUGCAUCUCCGGCGAGACGCGUGCCAUCUCCUACGAACACGCCUGGACCCUCCUGCCGCCGGACACCAUUGUUCACUGCAAGAUCUUGGACCAGGAUCGCGCAUUUCGCGUCCGCCGGUACUAUAAUGAGUUUGAUGAUCACGCCAACCUUGUGGGCAUGACUCUCUCCUGUCGCUACAUUGACUUUGACGGCGAGGACGUGGGGACUCUCAGGUCGCACCUGACCUUCCGCAAGUACACUGGCGUCGUCCAGCUCAGCGAACUUGACAUCGUUCCCCUUCAUCUGCAUGAGGACGCCAACGGGAUCCGGGAGACCCUUCUAGCCCGAGGCCGCAAGUGGGAGAAGCAUCUUGGCCAGCACUACGUUCAAUACAAUGGACUUGCCGUCAUCAAGAAGGAAAUGCAAGGUUAUGCCCGCUUCGGCGUCAACGGACGCGUCAUGAUUGAUUGCGCCACCUUCCACCGGCUGGCGGCCGACCACUCGUUCACCGUUAAGAAGUUGCCGAGUUCAAAGCCCAAAGUCCCCUCGCUGUCAUCCAUCAAGUUCACAUCAGAGACCAAAGAGUACGACCCUCUGACUGACGAGCAAGCCAUGAUGACCAACGCCACCGUCCGCGGAUACUCCUUUACCAACAAGCGCUUCCUCGAGUUCUUUGUAGACAAGCUGGAACCCAUCGAAUGGAACACGUCGUGCUUCGAUGGCCUGGUUCUCGAUCCCACCAUCAAGAGGACCGUCCAAGCCCUCGUAUCCAACCACACCCGCGAGCGCCCCGGGUUCGACGACAUUGUCAAGGGCAAAGGCCAAGGCCUUGUCUGCGUGCUUCACGGCCCCCCAGGUGUCGGCAAAACUCUGACGGCAGAAUGCGUAGCCGAGUACGUUCAGCGCCCGCUGUAUAUGGUCUCGUCGGGCGACCUCGGCUGCGUCUCCUCCGAGCUUGACGCUCAGCUCACUAAGAUCAUGGACAUGACGGCCACCUGGCGCGCCGUCCUGCUCAUCGACGAGGCGGACGUCUUCCUCGAGCAGCGUGCCCUCCACGAUCUGCACAGAAACGCCAUGGUCUCGGUCUUCUUGCGCGUUCUUGAGUACUACACCGGUAUCCUCUUCCUCACCACCAACCGCGUCACCACCUUUGACGAAGCGUUCAAGUCCAGAAUCCACAUACCUAUCAGGUACACUGACCUGACGUUCGAAUCCAAGCUUCAGAUCUGGAAGAACUUUUGCGGGAUGGUGCCCGGAGGUGUGGACAUUGAUGAGCGCGGGCUAGAGAGGUUGGCGGAACACGAUCUGAACGGUCGGCAGAUCAAGAACGCCGUCAAGGCUGCUGAGUCGCUGGCGAGCUUUGAGGGCGUCAAGCUUGAUCUGGCUAGGCUGUUGCAGGUUACCAAGAUCCAGUCUGUGUUUGAGAAGGACCUUAGCAGUGUCACCGGCGUGGAUUACACAGCGCCAGGAGGGAGGGUAAGGGAUGCGGAUAGGAGGAAUAUGUUCCUGUGA